UACCAACGACUAGGACGAUAGUGUUAUAUCUGCCUACUCUUAAACGCGACGCAGCAUCUUAGCUGUACAGGACAGGAUUUUACGAACGGACCUCGUGCUAUCGGGUGUUGAACUCUAUUGAAAGAGUACCAAGAAAAAGACAUACAUCUACAUAGAACGCGCAGUGCGGUCUUCACGUGGUACCAUCGAUAAUUCGGAACGCGAUAGAUAUCGCUUGUUCGCCCGGGACUUGUCGGCUUGUUCACGUCAACAUGUCCAAGUCACCGUCGUCUGAGGUGAUGAAUAUUACGAAUAUGCUAGGCAAGAAGGACGCAGCAGCAGCUGCUGCCGCCGCCGCCGCAGCAUCGGGUCCCUCUCCGGAUCACCAGCUCUUACCUCAUCCUCAACUCUCCUCAGCCGCCAUGGAUCGCUCGAACUCACCACAUGGAUCGGAGAGUUCGUAUCACUCAGGCCACCGCGUCGGACAGCCCUUAGAGGCAUUGAAUGGGAUGAGCAAUGGACGAUCUUAUGGUUCCCCUUCGGCAAUGCAGACAACGAUGCCUCUAUCCGACCCAAGCAUGCCUCCUGGUAUGAUGAUACCGAACAUGCCACCGGUCACUCAUGGAUCGAUGGCCCAUGGUCUUCCCAUGGCCUACAACAAGCCGCCCGAGAUGGCGCAGCGACCCCAGCCUCCGAGCAAGAACUACCCUUGUAGCAACUGUGGCAAGGCGUUUGCUCGACGAAGCGAUCUGGCUAGACAUGAACGUAUCCACACCGGAAUUCGACCUCACGUCUGUGACUAUGCAGGUUGUGGUAAGCAGUUUAUUCAACGCUCAGCGUUGACGGUUCAUCAACGAGUCCACACGGGUGAAAAACCCCACAUGUGCGAGCGAUGUGGCAAGCCAUUCAGUGACAGUAGCUCCUUGGCUCGGCACAGACGCAUUCAUUCGGGUAAGAGACCGUAUAAAUGCCCGUAUGCCAACUGCCAGAAGACUUUCACUCGAAAGACGACUUUGACCCGCCACCGGAAUCAGCACACUGGCACAGUGGAAGAGGCGGCAGCGGCUACAGCCAAUGCCCUAGCUGCUGCCCAGGCUAGCAGAACGGCGGCGAACGCAGGUCGGGUAGCCCAUAGCGACGGCGAACCUGUUUCGAACCACGGAUCUCCGCUGAACACACCGUCGCCAGGCCAGAGACAGCUGUCUAUUUCGCCUAGCGCGGAGUUGGCUGCCGCGAAUGCGAUGCGGAACAGCGACUAUUCGUAUGUGGGCAAUGGGUCGCUCCCAGUUCAUAUUCGCACGGAUAUGCAAUCUCAGAGCCCUACGUCAGUCCCGGCCUAUGCCGCCACCAUGCGACCUACUUCGCAUCCUACGGUCUAUCCGCCUCCACCCACUCUGGAACCUAGCAUUGAAUCGCAUCAGCCAGGAACUGGCAGCACCGGCGGAAGCCCUCAUAUGGGCAGUGUGGGAUGGCAAUCGCCCUCACACAUGGGCUCACCGACUCACAGCACUGGUGGCAGCAGUUAUGUGUACCCGGACCCUGAUCAGCAGUCCUUUUUGGGCAGCAACAACAUGGGUCAGAUGUAUUACAAUGCAGGCGCUCAGAUUCGACGACCGACCAGCACUGAUCCUGGCUCAGCUGCUUAUGAUGUGAAGCCUCGUCCGGAUGCGCUAUGGGCUAGUCAAUAGGAUGGCGACCAGAGCGGUUUAGGCGAACCCCUGGACAACAUGGCGCUGUCGACUUCGGGAUUGUCACCAGAAGCGGCACCAACGACAU